GAGGGGCUACCCUUGCGUAGCUACUUCCCUCUCCCCUUCCCCUUCCAAGGGCAUAGUAGGUUUUCCAAGGGGCCAUAUCUACGGGUGAUGACCGUGACAGUGCCGCUACUAGUGCUCGUGUGGAGACACCUGCUUGCCAUAUCUCCGUCCCUUCCUCGCCUCGCUCUAGAUCCCCGGGUCGUGCCAUGCACAUUGCCCGCUCCUCAGAUCACCGCAUCGCUUUUGCUUUCGCUGCCCCUCGCAUUCCCUUCUGUUGCCUCUUGAUAGCUUGUCGUAUUUCAUUCAAUUUUCUGCAGGAGUUGUAAUUUUAUUGCCACUCCUGAAGCCUGCUCACCACGCCUUGUUUCUCUUUUCUUGGAGGUGUGAAUGCCGCUGUUGAGAUAGAGGAGUUUUGUGCUUGGCACUAUAGAGGAGGAGGGAGCCUGGUUACGGAGAUUCCUCUCCGUGCAUUCAUUCAUUCAAGAACGAGCUCGAAGUAUCCGGAGAGCAGUCCCUGCAUGCACAAGUGAGAAGAAGCUGCAAAGGGCUCGUUGCUGAUUUUGGAUGAUCAGACGAUUGGAAGUCCAUAAGUAGGCCAAACUAUUGAAACUCGUGUUUGAAACGCAGUUAUUCUGGCUCAUCGAGCCCUGCUUAGUGUUGUAUGGUCGUGUUGUCAGAGGUAUGUAAUUGGGAAUCCACGUUCGCCGCCUGCAAGGAGCACUUGAUCGCAGUGGAAUCCUGAAUGUCUACAGCCACUAGCUGAACAAGGAUCACAGUUUGACACCAUUCUAUCUUCUGGUCGUUGUGUGAUUGCAACUAUCACAAUCACUGUUAAGCAAAUUCCCGUACCGGUAUCGUGAUGGAAAGCUUACAGCCGGUCGCGUUGUGUCUAAAUCGGCGAGGUCUGGUAAGCGCUACUCAGACACGGAGAUUCACCGCUCAACGGAAAUCACAGUUCUCUGUCACUGUGCAAUCAACGCAUGAAAUAACCUGCUUUCAAUGGGGGAGACAGAAAUCGUGUUCCUUGAUAUCUGAUCCAAAACUCCUUAGUCUGAGUUCAUCUGGUAAGCUGGUUGGCUCUCAUUCUUUUGAGCCACUUUCCAGGCUUCUUCGAAACACAAAUAAGAGAUUGAAGUGCGACGCGAGAAAAAAAUCUCAUUUGUCUGUCUCUGCUACAGCGAGGCCCCUGGAUGCCGACGAUGGUUCCUCUGUUGCUAAAAAUGCCGGAAAUCUGAUUGAAGCUGUUGUUGGCUGGUUUGAUGCAUUAUACAGAUUCUCCCGUCCCCACACCAUUUACGGCUCGGCACUGGGUGUUAUUUCAGUAUCGAUGCUGGCGAUUCAGAGUCCAGCUGAUAUUUCCUCAAUAUUUUUAAUUGGAUUGCUUCAGGCACUGAUUCCUGCACUUCUUAUGAACGUGUACAUAGUUGGACUAAAUCAAUUAUAUGACAUUGGAAUUGACAAGGUGAAUAAACCGUAUCUUCCGUUGGCGUCUGGUGAAUUCUCUCUGAACACCGGCAUUGCGAUAGUGACCGUCUCUGCAGCGUUGAGUCUGGCAAUGGGAUUACUUGUGGGAUCAGAACCUUUGCUUUGGGCCUUGGGUGUCAGCUUCGUUCUUGGGACUGCGUAUUCGGCCGAUAUUCCAAUGCUACGGUGGAAGAGAUCUGCGGUUGCUGCCGCGUCCUGUAUUCUGGUUGUGAGAGCUGUUGUGGUACAGCUUGGAUUCUACCUGCAUAUGCAGGCCUUUGUAUUCAGCAGGGCAGCAGCUCUUACUCGACCAUUGUGCUUUACAAUGGGAUUUAUGUGCUUUUUUUCCAUUGUCAUUGCGCUUGCCAAGGAUAUUCCUGAUGUAGACGGAGAUAAGGUGUUCGGUAUACGCACCUUCAGUGUAAGAAUGGGAAAGAAAAAGGUUUUCUGGAUGUGCGUUGGACUACUUCAAGCAGCAUAUGCAUCAGCUUUUAUCGUUGGUGUCACAUCUACGGUCCUUUGGAGCAAAAUCGCCAUGGGUUUAGGCCAUACUGCACUUGCUACAAUAUUGUGGUACCGGUCUCGGAACGUGGAUUUGAGCAGUAGAGCUGCCAUUGCUUCAUGGUAUAUGUUCAUUUGGAAGCUGUUCUAUGCGGAGUAUUUUCUUAUACCACUCAUGCGGUGAGUGCUUCAUCCUUGCACCCAUAAAUUGUACUUAGAACGGAUUGAACAAUCAACCUCAUCUGAUCGGUUCCUCAGGUUGGUCGUCUCUGUCUCAAUAGUCACUAUCACACAAUCCAAUGGAACAUAGCAAACCUGUAAGAAGUAGAUGUGACAAGCAAGGUGUUUCUCACACCCAAGCUUUUUGGGCUCAAGUCUAGCAUCAAGUGUACUGGACCUUCGAGUUCACUUACUUUCCAUGUAACUUUUUAUUUCUUUAUUACUUCUUUUUGCAAUUUGAAUGCUUUCACGUGUCAA